GAAAACAAAAAAAUUCACACAACCUCUGCUAUAUAAACAUAAAGCCACAUAUUUUACACCCAUCAGUUUUCAUCAUCGACUUAGAACUCUCUAAUUCUUUGGUGAUCUUUUUGGCUAUAAAAUUAGAAAGGAAAAACUCUCUAAUUCUUCACCUCAUACAUACAUCAAGCGGCCAAAGUCUAAACAGAGAAAGAAAAGUCAGUGGGUCAGAAAAGAUUCUUGGGUUGGGAGGAUCAUCAUAUUUGGAGUGAUCAUGUUUAUCAUUUCAAAGGGAUUUGCUGUUAUAUCUGCAACUAAGAACCUCCAACUACCGUUCAUAGAAGAUAUAUUUGCAUCAGGGCGCACAAGAUUUUUGGAAUGGGUGGUUUCGGAAAAUCAGAUGUCUAGAGCUAGAAAAAGUACCAGAGGGGGUGCAUCUUCCUCACGAAAUGCACCUCAUUCAGAAGAGGCAAUUCUCACUACCACCGUGGUUACUGAGCGUAACCUAGAUCUUAGUCCCUCCAUCCAAACCGCUGGACUUAUUCAAGUCCAGCACCUUCUUAGGGACCGAAACCUCUUACCUUUAGCUCGUAUCUAUAAAAAAUACAAUGAAUCUUUUGUGCGAGAGUUUUAUGCUGCUUUCCCUAGGGAAGAGUCUGGAGAUAAUGAAGAUGUGCCCAUUAAGGUUCGAGGCAAAAAUUUUGAACUAUCCACCUCCAUUAUCUUUGAGGUUCUUCACAUACCUGAGAAGGAUACAAAUAAUUGGAAACAAUAUCUGGGUAGGGAUUUUGACAUGCAAAGCGCAGCUGAAACACUUUUUUAUGCUGACCCUGCUGCCUUUGCAUCUCAAACCAAAAAGACUGUCCUCAUUCAGGGUAAGUUGACACCCUACUUUGCCAUCCUGUGGAGCUUUGUGCGACACAACAUCUACCCAUCCGGCCAACGGUCGGAAAUUCCCAUAGUAGGGGUCAAGAUCCUGAAAGUUUUGCAUGAGGGAACUUUUUCCCUACCUAUUGUUGACAUCAUUUUUGAACGCCUGAAGGCUUGUGCACGUAAGAAAAGCAUCAUAUAUUAUCCUUGCCUUGUUAGCAUGAUUUGUGAACGCUCAGGUGUUCGGGCUCGCUCUAAUGAUAUAUAUAUGUUGAGCCCAUGGGUCCCAUUUCGGACACUUCUGUGUCCAAGAGUAUCUCUCAGAGGCGCCAUGCACCUGCACCUGCACCUUCACCUGCUCCAGUGCCACCCCGUAUGCCACCACCACCACCACAUGGGCCGGCCCCAGCACAGCCAUUCCCACCUGCUCCCACUGUCGACACUUCUGCUUGGGAGCCCUCUCUCCAAGCCAUUUGGGACUUGCAGAUGCUUCAGUACCAGCAGAUGCACAACCACCACCAGCAGAUGCAGCAUAUGAGCACCUCCAUUGACGCCAUUUGGACGCACCUCCAGAUGCCAGGUUAACCCGGGACCUCUGCACAUGAUGAUGAUGUUGUUGAUGAUGAUGCUGAUGAUGGUGAUGAUGCUGAUGAUGAUCAGUAGUACUUUGAGUAUUGUACCCUUUUGAACUUUUCGUUUAUUUUGUUUUUGGGUUUUAUUUUAAGACGGUUGUUAGUUUGAUUAUUUCAACUUUUUGUUUGUUUACUUUUCCUUUCAUUAUGUGAUUAUCCAUCCCAAUCUUUCUAAAUGGCAUUGUUUAAUCUUAAA